AAGUUGAUAGUAUAGGAUACAAUCUAAAAAAUGCACUUGAUUUCAUCAUCUAAAUAAAUGCUCUUGGCAAAAUGGAUCAUCCUAGCUGAAACCAGAGCACAAGCCGUCAUGGACAGGAGGCAACGGAGAAACCCUUCUGCUUCUUCUUCUGCCUUUUCAUCUCCAACUUCAUCCUCAUCGCGUUUCCGCUCAGAGAAAUUCUCCUCGAAUCCCCCAAAAACUAGUAACUCCCUGGAGGAUGCUCACCAAUUGAAAAGCAAAUGUGGGAAGCCACAAAGACCAGAGCAAGAGGAGGAAGGAGAGCAAGAUCCGAACAAUCUUCUCUCCUUAGUUGGAACUUGCCCAUUCAUGUGCCCUGCUGGAGAAAGGGCCCAACGUGAACGCCUUCGGGACUUAGCUGUGUUUGAGAGGUUACAUGGAAAUCCUGGGAAAACAUCUCCAAGCCUUGCUGUCAAAAAGUUUUGCAGAACCAUUGCCACUAAGCACAUGCAGGCGUCAGAUGUGCGGCCACUUCCAGUGUUGGAAGAGACUUUGAACUACCUAUUAAACCUGUUGGAUGCCACGGAACAUCCUUUUGAAGUGGUUCAUGAUUUCGUCUUUGAUAGGACAAGAUCAAUAAGACAAGAUCUUAGCAUGCAGAAUAUCGUUAAUGAUCAAACAAUUCAUAUGUAUGAAGAAAUGGUGAAAUUUCAUAUUAUAUCCCACCACAAGCUUCGCAGUUGUAGUAGCAAGCCAAAUUUUUCUUCAGUUCAUUACCUCAAUAUGGAGCAGCUGAAAAAGUGUCUGAUAUCUCUAUAUGCUCUAUACGAAGAAAAUCGAAAUUCAAAUUCUAUUUACAAGAAUGAACCUGAGUUUUGCUCAUUUCACGUUCUUCUUCAUCUUGGCUCUAACAACCAACCAUUGGGAGAGUCACUCUCUUUAUGGUUGGGUCGUGUACCUUCUCUCAUUUUGAAGUCAAAGGAAAUGUGUUUUGCCCGGAGACUUUUAAGAUUAUUUCGGAUGGGCAAUUAUAAGCGUUUCCUUUGUACUACAGCAACUGAGGCAUCUUAUUUGCAGUACUACAUUAUUGAACCUUACAUCAAUGAGGUUCGAGCAUUGGCAUUGUCAUGUGUAAAUUAUUGUGGCUACAAACUUCAUCCAUAUCCAAUUGCACACUUGUCCAAACUCUUGAUGAUGAAGGAAUUAGAUGUGGAAUCAUUUUGCAAUGCUUGUGGUCUUGAGACCAGCACUGGUGAGCGGGGAAAUAAGUUCUUAUCAACCAAGCAAACAAACUUCCAUUAUCCCAAGGAAGUCUUUCCAAGCUACUGCCUUCUGAGUUUGGAACACUUUUAGAGAAACAUUCGAAACUCCAUGAAUCUAUGGUGCCUUGGUGGCCUACAUUCAUAUAACUGGGGACACUUUGGUUUGCACUACAAUGACCCCCAAACAUGGUUUGUAGAGACUUUAUCAAAAUCACUAGCUUCAAAAGACUAAGGAAAGAAAAAUGUUCUCAAUGAAAACUUGGAGUCGAAUUGCAGAUAAAGACCUAAAACUCCCACUCAAUGUGUUUUAGGAAUUGUUCUUUCAUGGGGAUAAGCUGUUUGGUUUGUACAUGUCUCCUUGGUGAUACUUAGAGAUUGGUGAAGUAUACGUUUCCUUUGUGAUCUGGUUUGUAUCUGGGCAGAUGAAUGUUCAUGCCAGGUUCAUAUAUGUUUAUGAUAUAUGUCACCCUGGAAGGAUCUAGAUCAAGGGGAUGAGUUUGAAAAGCUUGAGUAGGUUUAAAAUGUUCCGAGAAUUGGUGAGCAUGAUAUAUAUCAACAUAUUGCAGAAGACAACAGAGCUUCUGAAAUAUGUCAGAUUCAAUAGUAGGACAUCUUAUCAGCUGUCACUUACUGUAAUUCUAUGCUCUCAAUAUUCAUUUGUUGAAGAAGAAAAAAAAAUUGCUUUAACACUAUUCAAUUACAGGAGAAUGUUCAAUUAUAGAAGAAAAUAAUAUUCGCUAGUCUCUUUCAACUGAAUCAACAUGCAGAGAAAGCAGUCAGGUGACCAGUUAUUCACAUAAUAACUUACAUACAUUGUCUCUCUACCUCUACUUGUUACUCAUCAGCCAAGCUUACAGUAAUAUAAGCUUGGGUUCAUCUCUCUAUGCCACUGAUGAAAACUCCACAUGGGCUUUGCCUUUCUGGUGAUUUUGCAUUUGGAUUCCAACCCUCUCCAAGUGAAGUGGACUUAUUCCUUCUUGCUAUCUGGACUGCAAAUGGAAGUUAACCGGUGCCAAGAGGAUCAAAAGUUGGGCUUACCACCAAUAGACGGCUUGUUCUCUAGAGGCUAAGAUAUGUGGAAGACAGACUGGUAAUGUGAGCAGCGAACCAGUGCAUGGUGCCAUGCUUGGAGAUGGAAAUUGCAUACCAGUGUAUGGGAGAGCUUCAAGCACCCGACUAAUACCAUAUUGCCAACCCAGGGAUUGGUGUUGGAGCCUACUGUGCAGUUGCUAUUUAUGAGGACCUGAGGUUUCCAAAUGGAACUGGAAGCUGUUGGAGGAAAAGACUUACCUCUUUCAAAUGGGAGGUUGGAUCAAACUGCUGUUUCCAGAAGUGCUCUAAUCAAGAUAUUGAAGUCCAGUGAACUAACUUCAGGCAGAGGCAACCAAAAUAAAGCAAUUCUAAUACUCUCAGUCCUCUUAGGCCCCUCUGUGUUCUUCUUCUUCAUUUCUCUGGCUGCAAUUUCUCUAGUUUUCUACUGCUUGAACCUCAAAAAUCUGCAGCUUUAUCACAGAAUCCUGAGUACAAGCGAUGGUAGAAGCCUUUGGCACUGUCUAUAAAGGGAUAUUACCAUCAGGUUCUGGAAAUUCUGUUGCUGAAAGAAGUUGGAGAAGGUGGUGGGAGAAGAUGAGAAAGAAUUCAAAGCAGAAGUGAAUGUGAUAGGCCAACUCACCAUAAGAAUCAAGGACACUAGCUGCGUUACUGUUGUGAGGGUGAACACUGAAUACUGGUGUUUUUUUUUUAUGCACAAUGGCUCUUUAUCAAGGUUCCUUUCUGGAGGCGCCCAAGGACUUGUGUACCUACAUGAAGAAUGCAGUAAACAGAUCAUCCAUUGUGACAUAAAGCCCUCAGAACAUAACUCUUGGAUGAUUCUUCUACAGCCAAAGUUGCAAACUUGGACUGGGAAAGCUUCUGAUAAGCAACCAGACUAGAACACUCACAGGCAUCAGAGGGACUAUGGGGUAUAUUCAGACAACUCGGGCAGCCUAUGUCUCUUAUAAUAACACAUUGUGAAGCAUCAGCUCAAUGCCGGGGUUCAAUCUGCAAAGCAAGGGAUUCAUCAAUGUUUCCUUCAAACUAAAUGAUAAGGAACAGAAAUGGAUCAUUCUGCAUUUUCAGUGGUGUUUGUUAUAGCAUUUAUACAAGAACUCUAGGGGUUUCUAUGUAUAACUUCAUUCCCAUUUUGUAUAAUCCAAAUCUCUUCAAUCGAUUAAAUGUAUAAAUGAAUCCUAUUCAUUGUUUGGAGUAACAACAAAAUUCUGGAA